AUGGCGGAUGACUUUGCGGAUAUGUUCGGGGACCUGCUGGGCGGGAGUGGUCUCAAGCCAGUGGCCAAGGCCCCUCCCGCCCAGGCACCCGCUCUGAGGGCCUCGGCCAGCGGCCACAGCCCCCGCCAUGCCACGCAGCAGUCGACGAGUAGCAAUGAUAGUGCAGCAAAGCCAGUAUCUGGCCCUGUCCUACCUGAUCCGGAGGUGAUGGCGAUCAGCGACCGCAACGGGACCCCGAGCGAACCUCCGGCGCCCUCGAUCACCAAGGAGGAACUGGAGACAACCGUCAGGACGGUUGUCGAGGCCGCUUUCGAGGUGAGCGACGAUCGGGAGCGCUCUCAGCGGCCGUGCGGGUCGCCGCUGCAG